ACAUAAAUAUUCACGAAGUGACCGAGGAAAACUGGUUCAUUCCAAUCCAUUAAAAAUUGUUCCUCAAAAUAUAUUAUUUCAAAUAAAUGAUUUACCAAAACCCUAAAAACGACUCUGACUACGCAAUUUAUUUAUUCAAACUCGAUUUGACAAGGAAAAAAAAUUAAAGAAAUGGACUGAAGCUUUUAAAGUUGCUCUUAAAAGCUCUCGAGUCGAUUUAAAAAGUGAAAAAUUUCAAUGAUCCACCGCUGGAUGUCACUGGAGCACCCUCCCCGCUGUCCCCCCAGCUGAUGCUCCUCCAGUCCUGGAGUAGCUCGAAUGCACCACGUUCGCCCAGUAAUGUCGGGACCACCGUAUGGUUAGUGUCAUCGCAAUAUCUAAAUAAUCCUCACAAACACAAUCCAUCUCCCUCUAAACUCCAAUUCACUCUGUUUAUCCCUCAGUGAGUUGUUCAAGGUGAUAAACAUAAAUAGCUGGAGUACGCGGUACCGCCGAUCCCUCAUUAUUUCCAUCACUAAUUACCGCACAUGAGUCGAGGAAAAAUACUGUAGGGAAAUGAAAUAUCUCGUCACUGGGAUUCUGCUUGUCAAACAGCCUUUAUUGACGAUACGUACCGAGGAAGGUAACACGAAUACAUCGUCUGCACGAGCUCCGAUAAUUAGGAGUAAUCCACUAGUACUCGCUGUGGAGAGGGAAAAAAAAAAAUAAAAAUGUGCGGACAAGUAGUUAAAUCCCUUGGUUGACAGGCCGGUCCCGAGGACAACUGAAAUCCAGAGAAAAAGAGUCCAUCGGUCAAAGUAAAAAGACCAAACGAGGUCGACAUUUUUUUUUUCUCUCGUGACAGUAUAUUUGUCGUCGGAUGAGUUUUAUUCAAUAUCAUCCACUCGUUACCCUGACGUCCGUUAAAAUAAUGAGUUAAGUUAUUGAUUGGUGUUGAGUAAUUGCGAGUGGAAAAAUUCGGUAUUGGUUUAGCCAUUUCAGGAUAUUAUGGAUGAUGCACUGGUCUGAGGGGCCCAUCGGUCCUGAAUAAAAUCCAUCAACUCUGGCGACCAGCUUCGAAAUGGGAGAGAUCCUCGGCUCCGCGAGUUUUCUCCAUCUGGGGGAUAUUGUCAGCCUCUACGCCGAGGGCAAUGUCUCCGGAUUUUUGUCAACAUUGGGAUUGGUCGACGACAGAUGCGUCGUGUGCCCAGAGGCCGGAGAUCUAUCAAAUCCACCCAAAAAAUUCCGAGACUGCCUCUUCAAAAUAUGCCCCAUGAACCGGUAUUCCGCCCAGAAGCAGUUCUGGAAGGCAGCAAAACAGAGUGGAAGUUCGUCGACUGAUGCCGUCCUGUUGAAACGUCUUCAUCAUGCAGCUGAGAUUGAGAAGAAGCAGAAUGAAACUGAAAACAAGAAGUUGCUGGGGACUGUUGUCUCGUACGGGAAUGUCGUCCAGUUGCUGCACCUCAAAUCCAACAAAUUCUUGACAGUAAACAAGAGAUUACCGGCUUUACUCGAGAAGAACGCAAUGAGAGUGUACCUCGAUGCAAACGGUAACGAGGGGUCGUGGCUGUACAUAAUGCCCUUCUACAAAUUGCGAAGUGAUGGUGACAGCGUGGUGGUGGGUGAUAAAGUGAUAAUGGAGCCAGUGAAUGCAGGUCGUCAGGGGCUGCACGUGGCAGCGAAUUACGAGCUGAGUGAUAAUCCAGGUUGCAAAGAGGUGAAUGUGGUGAACGCCUCGACCUCCUGGAAGGUGACGCUGUUCAUGGAGCACAGGGAGAACCAGGAGGAGAUACUCAAAGGAGGAGACGUAGUGAGACUCUUCCACGCGGAGCAGGAGAAAUUUCUGACGAUGGAUGAGUACAAGAAGAAGCAGCACGUAUUUCUGCGAACGACAGGGCGAACAAGCGCAACAGCUGCAACGAGCAGCAAAGCCCUGUGGGAGGUGGAGGUGGUGCAGCACGAUCCCUGCAGAGGAGGGGCCGGCCACUGGAACUCUUUAUUCAGAUUCAAGCACCUGGCGACAGGGCAAUACCUGGCAGCUGAGAUCGAUACAGACGAGCCUCCAGAGAUGAUAAAAGGGAAACGAGAGCCACCGGGUGCUAUCUAUCGUCUGGUGUCAGUGCCCCACAGCAACGAGAUCAGUUCCCUCUUCGAGCUCGAUCCCACGACCUUGACGAGGGGUGACAGCCUCGUUCCUCAGUCCUCAUUCGUGAGACUCCACCACAUCUGCACGAAUACCUGGGUCCACUCCACGAGUGUUCCCAUCGACAAGGACGACGAAAAGCCAGUGAUGUCCAAGGUUGGCUGUGCCAUCAGCAAGGAGGACAAGGAGGCAUUUGCCCUGAGAUCCGUCUCCCCAGUAGAAGUUCGAGAUCUCGAUUUUGCCAAUGACGCGUGCAAGGUACUCGCUGCCAUCAGUGGAAAAUUGGAGAAGGGGACUAUAUCCCAUAACGAGAGACGAGCUGUAACGAGUCUUCUCCAGGAUAUCGUGUACUUCAUCGCUGGAUUGGAGAAUGAGCAGAACAAGUCCGAGGCACUUGAGCUCAUCGUGACGAAUGCUGUGAGGGACAGGCAGAAACUCCUCAGAGAGCAGUACAUUCUUGGACAGCUCUUCAAGAUCCUCCAGGCGCCUUUCCUGGAGUCUGCUGCUGGGGAGGGACCCUUCCUGAGGAUCGAGGAGCUCAACGAUCCUCGGCAUGCACCUUACAAGUACAUGUUCAGGCUGUGUUACAGAAUUUUGAGACUAUCUCAGCAAGACUACAGAAAGAACCAGGAGUACAUUGCCAAACACUUUGCAUUCAUGCAGAAGCAGAUUGGAUAUGACAUUCUCGCUGAGGACACCAUCACUGCUCUGUUGCAUAAUAAUAGAAAACUCCUGGAGAAGCACAUAACUGCUGCUGAGAUCGAGACAUUCGUGGGUCUCGUCAGGAAGAAUAUGUUCAACUGGGAGUCGAGAUUUUUAGAUUAUCUGUCUGAUCUUUGUAUUUCUAAUAAGAAGGCAAUUGCUGUCACCCAGGAGCUCAUCUGCAAGAGCGUUCUCAGUGAGAAGAAUAAGGAUAUCUUGAUCGAGACGAGGAUGUUCAAGACACAGGUGGAGGUCGAGGAGGAGGUGGACGAGAGGCAGGAUGGGGAGUCGAGAAUAACAAUUUUAGAGGAACUCGAGGUACUUCUCGUGUGGAACAAUGGAAAACGGUCGAUGUCACUCGGUGAAUUGUCCAGGGGCGCUAAAAUGGGGAACAUCGAGGACGCUGCUAUCCUCGAUUACUACAGACAUCAGUUGAAUCUAUUCAGCAAUAUGUGUUUGAAUAGGCAGUACCUGGCGCUUAACAGCUUAUCACCUCAUUUGGGAAUUGAUUUGAUUUUGAAGUGCAUGGAGGAUGAGACUGUGCCGUAUGAACUCAGGGCAUCUUUUUGCAGGCUCAUGCUGCAUCUCCAUGUUGAUAGGGAUCCCCAGGAGCAGGUGACACCCGUCAAAUAUGCCAGGCUGUGGUCCGAGAUCCCCUCGCAGAUGAGCAUUAAUGAUUAUGAUACUAAUAAAAUGCCGGAUGAGAAUAAAGAGGCUGUCAGGGCGAGGUUCAGUCAGACUAUUAUUUUUGUGGAGGAUUAUCUGUGCAAUGUUGUCGCCAGGAUGUGGUCCUUUGGGGAUCAGGAGCAGAACAAACUCACAUUUGAGGUGGUGAAAUUGGCUCGUGAUUUGAUUUAUUUCGGAUUCUACAGCUUCAGUGACUUAUUAAGAUUAACGAGAACUUUAUUGAGUAUUCUGGACUGCGUGUCAGAGAACGAUUGCCCCGAUGGAAAAAUACCUACAGGUGAAAUUGAUUCUGAGAAAAGGGAACCCGAGACAAAAGCUGAAGGUGGUGUACUGAGAUGUAUCGGGGACAUGGGUGCAGUGAUGACUUCUCUUACCCUGGGCCCGGCAGGUCCUGUGAUAGCGGGAAGUACUUCUCCGAGACCGAAGUCCUCCACGAAGAAAGAAUAUCCCCUAGUGAUGGAUACGAAGCUAAAAAUUAUUGAAAUUCUCCAAUUUAUCCUGGACGUUCGACUGGACUACAGGAUCUCCUGCCUGUUGAGCAUCUUCAAGCAGGAGUUCGACGAGAACGAGAAAGCCUCCGGGGACGUCAAUCUCGGGCAGAAGGGGAUUGACCUCGAGUCCAUUGGACAACAGGCGGAGGGAAUAUUCGGCAGCAGCGAUGAAUGUGUGGCCCUGGAUCUCGAUGGUCAGGGUGGGAGAACAUUCCUGAGGGUGCUCCUUCAUCUAGCCAUGCAUGACUACCCCCCAUUGGUGUCAGGAGCCCUUCAUCUAUUAUUCAGACACUUCAGUCAAAGACAAGAGGUCCUCCAGGCUUUUAAGCAGGUGCAAUUGCUAGUGUCUGAUAGUGACGUUGAGUCCUACAAGCAGAUAAAAGCGGACCUGGACGUGCUUCGUCAAUCCGUGGAGAAAUCAGAACUCUGGGUGUACAAAUCGAAAUCCACCGAGGAGCACAGCGGGGGAAAAAAGAAAAAGAGUACAAAAGACGACGAGGAGGAUGCAGGAGCGACUCCUAGGAAGCCAGCCCCCCAGUUAUCGUCAUCAGACAAAAAAGGUUCGGCAAUAGACCUGGACGUGGGUCCUCCACUGCAUCCGGAGCAGGCAGACGAGUACAGAAAGAUACAGCAGAUUUUAAUCAGAAUGAAUAAAUUGUGUAUUCAAGCUGUGCCAGGGGGUGGAGUGAAACCUCGUAAACACGAGCAGAGACUCCUGAGGAACGUGGGGGUUCACACAAUCGUUCUCGAUCUUCUGCAGGUCCCCUUUGAUGCCAAGGAGGACAUCAGGAUGAAUGAGCUGAUGAGACUAGCCCACGAUUUUCUCCAAAAUUUUUGUCUUGGUAAUCAGCAGAAUCAAAUUCUACUCCACAAGCAGUUGGAUCUCUUUCUCAAUCCUGGAAUACGAGAGGCUCAGACAGUAUGCAGUAUAUUCCAGGACAACUCCACCCUCUGCAACGAAGUCAGUGCCAAAGUCAUUCAGCACUUUGUCCACUGCAUCGAGACUCACGGCAAACACGUGCAGUACUUGAAGUUCCUCCAGACGAUAGUCAAAGCUGAGAAUCAGUUCAUCAGGAAGUGCCAGGAGAUGGUGAUGCAGGAGUUGGUGCAGGCUGGUGAGGAUGUUCUCGUAUUUUACAACGACAGGGCAUCCUUUAAUCAUUUCGUGGAGAUGAUGAGGUCUGAGAGAUUCAGGAUGGAUGAGAGCAGUCCACUGAAGUACCACGUGGAGCUCGUCAAGCUGUUGGCAUGCUGCACCAUGGGAAAGAACGUUAACACUGAGAUCAAGUGUCAUAGUCUUCUACCACUGGACGACAUCGUCGCCAUGGUCUCUCACUCGGACUGCCUCCCAGAGGUCAAGGAGGCGUACAUCAACUUCUUGAAUCACUGCUACAUCGACACUGAAGUGGAAAUGAAGGAGAUUUACACGUCGAAUCACAUGUGGUCGCUGUUCGAGAAGUCGUUUAUCGUCGAUAUGAGUCUCAUCGCUACUGCAACGCACGACAGAAAUCACGCAGACGUCGCUCUCGAGAAUUAUGUCACCAAUUGUCUCAUGAACAUCAUCACUACGUUCUUCAGCAGCCCUUUCUCCGAUCAGAGCACUACUGUCCAGAAACACCUGCACGAGGCCAGGCUGUUUUGGAAUCUCAAGGAGUGCGACAGGAUCAUCGACGACCCAGACUCUACAAGGCAGCCGAUAUUCGUUCAGCUACUUCAUGCUGCCUUCGAGGUGUCACAGUGCGCCUGGUUGAAUGCUGGACAGAGAUUUAAUGUCGAGAAUUGUAUAAGAACGUUAUCAGAUGUUGCGAAGGGACGAGGCAUCGCGAUACCGACAGACCUGGAGUGUCAAGUGGCCACAAUGUUCAAUAAAGCUGCGAUGCUCAGUAGACAGACCACCAAGUGGUUGCAAGCGGCAAAGCAGCCGAAAAUCGAACGUAGUCAGAGUCAGCAGUUGAUGCGAUUGGACAGAAGUAUAAUCGAGGGACUUCAAGACAUAGUUUCCCUCCUGGAGGAGCAAUUGAAGCCCCUCGUGCAGUCGGAGCUCUCCCUCCUGGUGGACAUCCUGUACCGACCUGAGUUGCUCUUCCCCGUUGGCACAGAUGCACGAAAAAGAUGUGAAAACGGUGGCUUCAUUCGAAGAUUAAUUAAACACACGGAGAAACUACUCGAGGAGACGGAAGAGAAACUCUGUGUCAAAGUACUGAGAACACUCCGUGAAAUGAUGGCUAUUGACCCCGAGUACGGUGAAAAGGAAAGUGAGGAUGUGGAUGCGGGAGUGGAUGCCGAGAGGGGAAACGAUUUGACACUUGGAACAGAAUCAAAUGAUCAGUUGCAAACACAGCAAAUGACUCAACUGCAGCGGGGUGAGGCUUUGAGGAACAACUUGCUGAUUCGUUACUUCGGGAAAGCCUUCCUCCAAAAAUCGGAAAACGUGGAAAUUGGGGUGCGAAACUCCACAUCAGUGACGCAUGGCCCAGGAGCGAAACUCCUGAGCCGAGCCGGAAGAACACUGCACGAGGUCCAGAGCCACCUGGACCGAGAGGGUGCAUCUGAUCUCGUGGUAGAGCUAGUAAUAAAAAGUGUGCACUCUCCAAGUAUUUUUGUGGAGGCAGUGGAGCUGGGAAUAGCGCUGCUGGAGGGUGGAAAUCCAAUAAUUCAAAAGAGCGUCUUCUCGAAAUUAAUGGGAGACGACCUGAGUCAGUCCUUCUUCAAGGUCUUCAACGAGAAGAUGAAGGAUUCCCAGCAGGAGAUAAAGGCGACUGUAACGGUGAAUACAUCUGAUAUCGCGGCGAAGGCGCACGAGGACAAGGAGCAAAACAAGGAACUGGAGAAAAUCUCGAAGAAGCGUUUGUCAACGAAACCGAACGGCAUCGUAAUAACCGAGGAACUCCGGGAGGAGCUCAACCAGGCGGCAGCCUCGACAGCCCAAGCUUACGCCAAUGUGCGAACCCUAGCCUCUGGUGAGGAUAUAUCGAACAACGCAGCCCUGGGGUACGCCCUCGAGGACAUGCUCGCUGAGAAACUCGACAGACACCGAGGGAACAGCUCAGAGCGUGAAGAGGGUCUCCUCAGUGCAAAAGUCCUCGUGAUGCAGCCAAUCCUCAGGUUCCUGCAGCUCCUCUGCGAGAACCACAACAGAGACUUACAGAAUUAUCUCCGGAAUCAGAACAAUAAAACUAAUUUCAAUUUGGUAUCAGAGACUCUAAUGUUUCUCGACUGCAUCUGUGGGUCGACGACGGGCGGUCUAGGUCUCCUGGGGCUGUACAUAAAUGAGCACAACGUAGCCCUCAUAAAUCAGACCCUGGAAACAUUGACAGAGUACUGCCAGGGCCCCUGUCACGACAACCAGAACUGCAUAGCAACGCACGAGUCCAACGGUCUCGACAUUAUCACAGCUCUAAUUCUCAAUGACAUCAAUCCCCUGGGUAAAACUCGAAUGGAUCUAGUCCUGGAGUUAAAGAAUAACGCGAGUAAAUUACUCCUCGCUAUAAUGGAGAGCAGAGGUGACAGUGAGAAUGCCGAGAGAAUUCUGUACAACAUGAAUCCAAAACAACUGGUGGAUGUGGCAUGCAGGGCAUUCCAUCAGGAGUCCCUGGACGAAGAUCCAGACUCGGACGACGCCUCCACCGACAGCGACGAGGGUGUAUCCCCAAAAGAGGUCGGCCACAACAUCUACAUCCUCUGCCAUCAACUGGCUCAUCACAACAAGGAACUCGCCACGAUGCUCCGCCCAUCGGAGCUCAACAAUGCCGAUCCAAAAAUAAACAAAGCCCUCAAAUACUACGCAACCCACACAUCGCAGAUUGAAAUAGUCCGACACGACAGGACCCUCGAGCAAAUUGUCUUCCCCAUCCCCGAGAUCUGCGAGCUCAUAACUCUGGACACGAAGAUGAAGGUCCUCCAUACCGCUGAGAGAGACGAUCAGGGUUCCAAGGUCUCGGACUUCUUCGAGAGAACUGAGGAUAUGUUCAACGAGAUGAAGUGGCAGAAGAAACUUCGAGGCCAGCCAAUGCUCUUCUGGAUGAGCAGUUAUAUGUCCCUGUGGAGCAAUCUACUCUUCAACUGUGCAGUCCUGAUAAAUCUCAUCGUGGCAUUCUUCUAUCCCUUCGUCGAUAAUGUGCCUAAACUGAUAAUUCCCCAGCUCUCGGGUCUCAUCUGGACGGUGAUGCUGUCUUCAGGGGCUAUCGUCCUCACCCUCCCCAGGGUAACUGGCAUACGAACUCUAGCUGCAUCCACAAUACUCAGAUUAAUCUUCUCCAUCGGUCCCGAGCCCACUCUCAUGCUCCUGGGUUUCACCACUAUAAUCUUCAAGAUAGUCCACAUGAUCAGCAUAAUUGGUAAUCAAGGAACCCUCACCAAGAGUGCCCAGCAAAUAAUAACGAACGCCGAGCUGUGGUAUCACGCUGUUUAUCUCAUGUUCUGCGUCCUGGGGAUAUGUAUGCAUCCAUUUUUCUACUCAGUCCUCUUGUUCGACGUCGUCUACAGGGAGGAAACACUUCUCAAUGUCAUAAGAUCUGUCACGAGAAAUGGUAGAUCGAUUAUUCUCACAGCAGUUCUCGCACUCAUUCUCGUCUACAUGUUCUCGAUAAUCGGUUACAUGUUCUUCAAGGACGAUUUUCUAGUCGGUGUCGACGAGGAGAUAAUCUCCCAAGUGCCUAUGGGUACUUGCGAGUCAGGAAGCUGCGAGGCUACGGAGACGCUGUCGAGGUAUGUGCAGGAGGUAAACGAAAAGCAGUCCGCAGAGAUGGUGAGCGUUGGAGGUGAAAUGAAAGAGAGGGCGUGUGACUCCUUGGUGAUGUGCAUCGUCACAACCCUGAAUCAGGGGCUGAGAAAUGGCGGAGGCAUUGGCGACGUCCUCAGAGCUCCCUCAAGCACUGAGCCCCUCUUCGUGGCUAGAGUUGUCUAUGAUCUUCUAUUCUUCUUCGUCGUCAUCAUUAUUGUUCUGAAUCUGAUAUUCGGUGUGAUAAUUGAUACCUUCGCUGAUCUGAGAUCUGAGAAGCAGCAGAAGGAGUUGAUCCUGAAGAACACUUGUUUCAUCUGUGGACUUAAUAGAUCAGCAUUUGAUAACAAAACUGUCUCGUUCGAGGAACAUAUUAAGCACGAGCACAAUAUGUGGCAUUAUCUCUAUUUCAUUGUUCUGGUGAAGGUGAAGGAUCCAACGGAGUUCACAGGCCCUGAGUCAUACGUGUACGCCAUGGUCAAGGAUCGUAAUCUCGACUGGUUUCCAAGGCUACGUGCUAAAUCACUGGCGGCUGAUGAGGGAGAAGGAGAACAGGUGGAAUUGCGGAGUCUUCAGUCUCAGUUGGAGUCGACUCAGCUGCUGGUUAAGUGCCUGUCACAACAACUUACCGAACUGAGGGAUCAGAUGACGGAGCAACGCAAGCAGAAGCAGAGACUUGGACUACUAAAUUCAGCAUCUGCUUUUCUUCACAAUCCACCGACGUAAACAGAAAAUAGAGGAGAAGAGAAUUUAAUCUCAGUCGUGGGAUCAUUGCAUGGGAAUUUAUAAAAUAGUUAUCUCUCUAAUAACUGUCUCGAACAUGAUUUAUAUUGAUGGAUAAUAAUAAUUGUUCGUGGUGAUUUUUUUUAUCGGACACAUAUCUCUGAUUUCGGCCCAUAUCGAUUUAUCUUAUUACGAUUUUUGUCGGGUAGAUGUGACUGUACUCUGAAUUUUAUAGCAGGAGUUCUAGAAUUUCUAAUAAUGUCUCGAUUGUCACUCAGAAUAAUGUAAUAAUUAGGAAUUUUUGGACGUUCUAUCGAUUGAAAGUCAUCAUAAUGAAAAUUAUGGAACAAAUGCUCAUUAAUUAGGGAUAGGGACUCUUUUUUUUUUAAUGGGUUUUCGUUGAUUUUAUUGAAGGUUUUUGGAAAAUAUUCUUUGAUUUUUCGAUGAAUUUACUUACCGAGCGAUUUUUUCGACAAUCAUUGGCAUAUCUUGUGCACAGCACUAAUCAAAUUUUUCGAUUAUCUCGAUUAUGAUAGAGUAGUCGUCAUUUGAUGGAGAAUAAAAUUUAGGGAACAACUGGAUGGAAGCAAAUGAAAUUACAUAAUGUCCCAUUAAUGUCGUAUAUCUCUUGAGCUUCUUUCAUAUGUACAGUAUCAUGAGUUGUAUUAACGUCUUUCAUAAACUUUAAAAAAUGUAACGAGAGUGACACGGAGGAGUGGAGAAUAUUCGAGGGAUCGGAGAGGCUCUCUUGAAAGGAGAUAUGAAAUAAAAAUCUCUCAUUACGUAAAAUAAUAGUCAUCAAGUGUCAUAAUUAUCUGGGAAUGUAAAUAUAAAGUUAAGUUUGUUCUCGUUGAACUAAUUCUAUCAAUGUACAAUAUCAUUCUAUUAAUUUUUUACUUCCCGUACUACGAAUUUGUGCCAAUAAUUUCCCAUAAUAAUUUAAGGACGAUUAUCGUCAAUCUGCCAAUGUAGAUCUUUUUAUUUUCCCUAAUUCAAUCGUCUCAGGAUAUCCGCAGAAAAUGAAAAAUUAAUCGUGUUAACGAAGAUGUGUAAAAUACCUGUAAUGUGUUAUGUUUCAAUAAAGAUGAAUUGUUUUAUAUUA